AUGGGUAACCAUCACUGGGAUCCCAACAUGACCCGUGAGCACACAGUCAGUAACUGGACCGCCGUGAGGAGAGAUGCGGGCUUCGCGGGUCCGGUGCUCGCGGUGCUCACGCUCGUGAUGGUCCUAUUGAUCGCGGUGAUCGUGUGUGGAAACGCGCUGGUCAUCGUCGCCUUCAAGAUGGACAAGAGUUUGCGCAAACAGAGCAAUUAUUUCCUACUAAACCUGGCCAUCUCAGACUUUCUCGUUGGUGCCUUCUGCAUACCCGUGUACAUGCCCUACAUCCUGACAGGGAAAUGGAUGCUGGGUAAAGGACUGUGCAAACUGUGGCUUGUAGUAGACUACUUGCUCUGCACUGCAUCUGUCUUCAAUAUCGUACUUAUCAGCUAUGAUCGCUUUCUCUCUGUUACAAAAGCGGUAUCUUAUCGUGCAAAGCAAGGAAUGACACAUUUUGCCAUGGUGAAGAUUGCAGUGGUUUGGAUUCUGGCAUUUCUUCUUUACGGACCAGCGAUAUUAUUCUGGGAGCAGCUGACAGGCAAGAGCCGGGUGCCGGAGGACGAGUGCUUCGCCGAGUUCUACUACACCUGGUACUUCUUGCUCUGCGCGUCAGUUAUUGAGUUUUUCUCGCCGUUUUUAUCCGUCGCUUUCUUCAACAUCAGCAUCUACGUCAGCAUCCGACAGAGGAGAGUCGGCAGCAAAAAAGAAUCCUGCCCUACCAGGUGCCCAGACGCUGCAACUCUGUAUGGGCAGAGGACGCGCAUGAGCGCGCGGAUGGGCUGGAACUCACUGACGCUCAAGAGGAACAGCACGGCGGAUGGCGAGAAGCGCUCCGAGAGCAACGGUCUGGCGAUGCGAUGCGUCCAGCGCUCACGUCUGAGGCAGGAUAAAAAGAUUGCAAAAUCUUUGGCGAUAAUCGUAUGUGUUUUUGCUGUUUGCUGGGCGCCGUACACGCUGUUAAUGAUCGUGCGGGCGGCGUGUCGUGGCGACUGUGUGUCCCAUCACUGGUAUGAGGUGACGUUCUGGCUGCUGUGGUUGAACUCCGCCAUCAACCCGUUCCUGUACCCGCUAUGCCACAGCAGCUUCCGCAGGGCAUUCGUGAAGAUCCUGUGCCCGCGGCAGUGCUCCACCAUACCCCUCACAGAACACCCUUCCAGCACGCAUAGAUAG